ACAGGGUGCGCAUCAAAUAGAGACGGCGGGAAAUGCAAACCUCGGACAACUAAAAGGGCAGAAGUCUUAUGCAGCAGUGAACUACUCCAUGUCUAAACCAACUGAGAGAGCUACAGGAGGUCGCCAGAGACCGACGAGCAGCAAAGGCUCUAAGUCUCGGUUGGCGAGACGGCUUUGGGAGUGGGCCACAGACGAAAUGAAGUAUUCCGGUGGAGAGGAGGGUGCACUGCGACAGGAAGAUCUCCAAGUUUAACCUUGUGCGCAUGUGCAGACUGGUGCGCGGGGAGCUGGCUGGACUCUUGGAGUUUGCUGUCGAGCACGUAAAAUCUCCAAGGCACAAUGUUGAAAGAGGAGGUGGGGGAGGAGGGGGUGAGGUGGGCAGGGGAGAGAUGGAAAGAGAGAGGAGCAGGCUGGCUAGAGAAGAGGCCUCUCUGAGAAUGGCCGUGGAGCAGAUGACCAAAGAUGUUGCUCACUUGAGGGAGAACAUAACACAACUGGCUGAGGCUGGUGUCGGAGUCCAAGGUGAAGUGUCGAAACUGUCUCGAGGCACAGUCCUCCUCUCUGCCCACUCCCACCUCUGCCAGGAGACGACACGAGCCCUGCAGGAAUUCACCCGCCGGAUCAGAGCCAGGGCCGAGCUGUUCAAUAGACCAAAGGGGAGGGAAGCGUGCUACUUCGCCAGGCAAGACGCUGGUGUUAAGGAAGAGACAGUGGAGGAGGCCCAGAGAGGAGGAGGAGGUGGUACUGUACUGGAGUCAGCAUGCACACAUUCAGUGAGGGUCAUAUGUACCCAGUUGGAGGAGACCCUUUCUGGCAGUCACUCUGGAGGUCAAAGUGAGGUGGAGAGGAAGAAGGGGAUGGAGCACUCCUGGAGACAAAUUGAGGCUCUCCUGACCCAGCACACUCCAGGGGAGAUCCUCUCCUCUCUGGAGGAGGUCACCCAACAGACUACCAGCCAUCUUCACUCACGCACUCUCUCCAUCGACCUCACCAGAGAUGCACAGCAGCUUCAGUAUUCGUAUGACAGUCAAUGUGGAGGGAUGAAGGACUUAGCGCAGCAGCCCAGUCUACUGCAUGCAGUGGAGGAACAGCUUCUGGAGGCCCAGCUGUCCCAUAUAAGGAGGUCCAUGGAGAGCGAGCGUGCCCGGAGUGCUGCUGGAGCAGCUCGAGCCCGAGCCACUGAGCUGCAGACACAGGCUCUCCAGCUGCUGCAGGAGACGUAUCGCGACCCGCCAGACGGACAACAGGAGGCACUGGAACUGGCCAAGCAACUGUACACGAGGUUGGAGCUGGAGUGUGCUGGUUCUGCGGCUGCCCUGGAGAGACUGAGGUCCCUGUGUUCCUCUCUGGACGACGCCAGGAACCAGAGACGCAGAGCCGUCGCCGACCUCCAGAACAGACUGGGGAAGAUUCAAGAGUUUGCUCGAGUUGCCGAGUCAAAACAGAAGGAGAUUCGUGGGUUGGUUGCUCAUAACUCGUCUGCAAGGGACCGGUUACAGACCCAGUACAGAGAGCUACAGAGGUAUGUGGAACAGCAUGUACUGGGCCACCACCGUGAGCUGACCAGAGCAGCAGGGGUACUGCAAGACAGCGUGGCACGUGAGGUCCAAGCUUUCUCUGGACUCUCACUUCACAGAAUGCUCAAACCUCCAUCCUCUGAAGUUCCAACAUGUGAUCUAUCAAUCAACCGACUGGGUGGGAAACAGCCAUCUGGACACCCAUCCUGGGCAGUAGUCACAAGAUCACUUUCUCUUCCCCCAAAUGCUGCUCCCGACAGGGCUCUCACUCAGCUAUUGGCAGCUCAGGAAAGAGUGGGUAGGCUGGAGGGGAAUGUCUCAGAGGUGAACCAGGCUCUCCAGCAGAUGAGACUGGCUGCAGUCAACAAAGAUAACACUCGGGACGUACUCCAGCGAUGUAAGGAGCACAACAGUAGGCUUCUGGAGACGGCCAUUCCUGCCCUGCAGGAGUGCCUCUCUCGAGCCUCAUGUGGUCUGGCAGACUGCGAGAGAACUGCAGAAACCCUGGACCACUGGUGGAACCAGCCAGCUCAGUUCCUGACACCCUGGGCAACCCAGGCCGGAUUCUCCACACAGCAGUGGGUGGACCAGUGGAGAGUGCUGACGGCAAAGUUCAGCGAACUUCAAGGGCUGCAGUACAAGCUAGUCCACUGCUUCGAAGGGUAUAAAAGAGAGGAAACCGACAGACAGAUCACUAUGGAUCAUUUCAGAUUGUACGAUAUGAGCGAGCCGCAUAGCGACAUAGGUGUGAGUCUUUGGGGACCGGGACAGGCGUUAUGCUUCAAGACAAACAUGACUACGAGUUGUAACACACCAACCACGCCCUCCUAUUCCCAAUCUCUGGAGCUGGAGAACAGAAUGCUGGACGGGAGCACUAUGGUUACCAUCCCGACGCACGUCUCCCCGCUCCAGGCCGCCGUCAUAUCCACCGGGCCAACUGCAGACUGCAGCAGACACGUCGUGUGCCGAAGACCCGGGCUCCAGCUCGGCCCACAGACCACCAUAGCUAGUAUGCCCAUGCCCGGCGGCGCUACCAUCAAGAGUGGCGGAAUAUCAAAGAUGAGAGGGGUGACUGAAGAUCCUUGCCAAUUGGCUCCGCUAAAGAAGAGAAAAAUACAGGUAGAGACACUGAGUCCAGACCAGAGAGACAGAGUUCUCCAAAAGCGUGAAAAGAACAAGGUAGCAGCAGAGAAGUGCCGGAUAAAGCGACGCGAGAAAAACCAUGACAUUCGUUUGCAGUAUGAAGAGCAUCUAGUCGCAAACGAAGAUCUCGAAUCGCAGAUUAGGAAACUCAGAGAGGAAUAUCGUGUUCUGCAAGAACUAUUUGACAGCCACCCUUGUGUGCUUCAGACAGCAUGCAGCAGAACCUAGUCCAAAUUCAUCUAGUUGUGUAUAUCCAUAUUCUAUUUUAUCUCCUCCUUUAUACAUUUUAUGCUUCUAUUGUCGCUUCUCUUCAAUGUGGAUUAUUAUCGUUGCUGCUAGAGCGCUAGAGUGCUAUGCCGUUCGACUGCGGUUGCUGCCGCGUAGGUGACCCAAACGCGGAUGGAAGCCACGCGCGAGUGUCAUUCCUGUCGUUGCGU